AUGCAACGUUCUUCAAUAUCUUUAACAAAAACAAAACAACUAGUCGAUCGCAACAAUGAUUUCUUUUCUCAAACACGUCCUUCUUAUACGCUAGCAAGUAGAAAAAAUAAUGAUCUAACAAUUUAUCACGAAAUAACGACAAAAAAACCUAUGAAUGCCAAUGCGUUACAAACUUCUCAGGACAUUUUCUCACAUCGUCGAUUAGGAACAUAUAACAUUGAUGGAAGAACAUGUUCAUUGAACUCAUUACUGCAAGCAUUAGCAUCAGUGAAUGGUUUUGUUGAUUUAUUAAAGAGUAAUGGCAAAGCUGUAAAACCCGAAUGUGACGCACUUUUUACAACAUUUAUUGAAUUAAUUGUAUCGUUACGAAACGAACAUUCGGCAAAAAAAAAUCAUACAAUAGACACAUCAUUGUUUUUCAAUUUAUUAUGUUUAAAUCGUCCAGAUGUAUUCGCUAAAAAUUUAAAUAUAGAUAUAUGCGAAUUGUUUCAAAUUAUGAUUGAUAUUUUUAAUAACGCAACAGCUAGAAAACAAGUAACAUACUCAUCGAAUGUUGCUGAACAAGUUCAAACUAAAACAUUUCUCAAUUAUUCAUUUGAAUAUUUGAAUAAGAUAUUUUCUCAAAUUGAGUCACAGUUAUGCUAUGCAACGAGAACAAAUCUUGGCACAUUGACAAAUUCUGUUAUGCAAUAUAUUGAUUUAACAUGGUUGAUGCAUCAUAAUCAAAUAAAUUCAACGUUCAAAGAAACAUUUUCUGGACAAUUUCUUCAUUCGAAUGCUUGUGAAAAUUGUUUUAUUGUUCGAUUUCGUUCAGAAGCAUUUACGGUCUUACCCUUGUCAUUAAAUUUGAAUAAUAGUUCAAACGUUAUUGGGGAGACAUAUACAAUUCAACAAAUAUUUGCAAACUUAAGAACUGUUGAAACAGUUCAAUCAACUUCAUGCUCGAAUUGUGUAAAAUCAAUGGGUGAAGGAAACCAUACACAAACAUUUAUGUCACAGUUAACGACAACAUUCUCACCUAUUAGAACAUUUGAUCAACCAACGAAUCGUUUAUUUUCAUCAACACCAAAACAAGCAUCUAUUCCACAACGUUCAUUUUAUAUGAAAAAGCAAACAACUAUAGCUAAUUAUCCAAAUGUAUUGUGCGUUCAACUACUUCGAUUUCGCUUUGAUAAAGUUUCCCAAAGAACAGUGAAAUUAUCUACACGUGUUAUAAUCGAACCGGAACAACGAUUAGAUUUAUCAUCAUUGCAUCCUCUCAAAGGAUAUAUCAAAACGACAACACCAACGUUUAAUUAUCGUUUAAUUGCCAUAUGUUUACAUAUAUCAUCACAAAACAGAACAUCAUCCUAUUUUAGUGACAGUCUUAAUUUGCGUACCAGAGCAAAUAGGGAUGGACAUUACGUGUGUAUUUAUCGUUCAGACGGGGUAAACUCGACAAAUUGGUAUCUCAGUGAUGACGAAAAAAUUUUAGAAAUACCUUUAACUGAAAACUUUUUCAAAUCAACGUAUGUAACAGAAAAUUGUUAUUUAUUAUUCUAUCAACGACAAUAA